AUGCUCAUUGUGCGCCGUUGGGCUCCCAGCGACGCUCGCGAGUCGCGCCCGAGCUGGAGCGCUCCGUUCGGAGCACGGCAUUGCGGGCGCAUUUGGAGGCGUUGGGAUGAAGAGCUACGACCAAUGCGACUAACAACCAUUUACCUGUUCCCUACAAAAGUAGAACCGUACAUUGUGAAAUGCGUUGUGCUGAUAACAAAGCUGAGGUCGGCUAACACCCCAGAAACAAAGCAGUACCGCAAGGCGACGAAGGCGCUGCUGGUGCUGUUCCCGCUGCUGGGCAUCACCUACAUCCUCAUGAUGCAGGGCCCCAUGGAGGGCGUGGCCGGCGACGUUUUCCGCAACACGCGUGCGCUGCUCGUCGGCCUGCAGGCUUACGAUGGCACUGUUCCAAUGUUUCCUGCACAUGGAGGUGCAGAAUACCCUGCGGCAUCUCAUGAGUUACUGGUGGAAGAUAUUGUAUGUGACAGGAUUGUGUUACGUGCAAGGAUUUACGGUGGUGCUGUUUCAUUUGUAUUUUGUUGUGUGCAGGGGUUCACGGUGGCGCUGUUCUACUGCUUCCUGAACACGGAGGUGCAGAACACCCUGCGCCACCGCCUGGAGCGCUGGAGGGAGAGCCGGGCGGUGGGGGGCGAGCGCCGCAACACAGUGAGCAGCAGGGACUGGAUAUCCCGCUCGAGGACGGAGAGCAUCCGGUUGGGAGACUUGCUGUACGGCGCCAGGCCAUCCUUGGACUUCGCAGGCUCCUUCCACAAGAGGGCGUCGGCCGCGAGCCAAGUGACCGUCGCCAUGUUGCCGGAAGCAGAACAAGAGACGAACGACGGCCGUGUUGGAGAGCUCAAGGAUACACCGACAGAGGUCCCAUGUGCGCUGAUUCCGGCAGAAGCGAACGCAGUUUAGUACAGAGAGCCUAAAUUCACAGCUCUGCGCAGGACAUAUCAACUCCCCAUUGAAAAUGUGGACAAAAUGCCACAGUGUAAAGAUAGGGGUACUUGUGUAGCCGGUUGCGGCUUAAUGUAAAGUAUGUCGUCUAUAAACAAGAAAAACGUUGCAUAUUUAUGGGAAAUACAAAACGCGCGAGAAUCAGUUGAUUAUAAUGCCGUAUUAACCUGAAAGAACCACGGCUGUAUAAAGCGUAGCCCAUAAAGCCUGGCCCAAGGGACUUCUCAGUAGCGUUGGCUGCAUCUGUCUUGUAGUUCCUGAAAGAAGGUCGCAUCAUACUAUCAGCGCCUCCACCCGAUUAUAUGGAAGUUAAAAGGCUAUGGCUUUGUGAUGUUGCUUCCAAGCUAAUGUAAGCGAUGAUAACACGCAGUUCGGCAAGCGUGCUACUUUUUUGUGGAGAAAUUGAGUGACAUUCGAUGCUGUGUGUACCGCAUAAGUUCGACAAAAUCGAUCUCUCGCGAGAAAUUACGUGUAUAUGUUUGUGGAAAAUUUAUUGUUUGUAGUAUUAUUGUAUGCUUGUGGUAUUAUUAUUUGACGUUUUUUUUGUUUGUAAAGUUUAAGGCUUUCGCUAGAUAUGGUGUCAUAAACUGGAUAUUCUUCGUAAAAACGAGCAGAAAAAAUAUAAAUUGGCCUGCUGGAAAAGGAAGUGUUAAAUACUUAUAAUUGCAUCCUUGAAGAACACGUUACUUUGCAAAAUAUAUGUUUCAUAUUAUAAGAAUUACUAUAUAAAAAUGUUCGACUUCGUUGUUAAUGUUUCUAAUGGAAUAUGGUCUUAAUAUGUUUGAUGAAAUGUAAAUCUAUUUUCCUUUUGUUUAUAAACACAUUUCAUUAUUUUGAAAAA